AUGGGGUGGAAAGCAAGCAGGAGAGGGGGAAUCGGGGCUGGAUGGGGUGGAAAGCAAGCAGGAGAGGGGGAAUCGGGGCUGGAUGGGGUGGAAAGCAAGCAGGAGAGGGGGAAUCGGGGCUGGAUGGGGUGGAAAGCAAGCAGGAGGGGGGAAUCGGGGCUGGAUGGGGUGGAAAGCAAGCAGGAGAGGGGGGAAUCGGGGCUGGAUGGGGUGGACAGCAAGCAGGAGAGGGGGGAAUCGGGGCUGGAUGGGGUGGAAAGCAAGCAGGAGAGGGGGAAUCGGGGCUGGAUGGGAUGGAAAGCAAGCAGGAGAGGGAGAAUCGGGGCUGGAUGGGGUGGAAGGCAAGCAGGAGAGGGGGAAUCGGGGCUGGAUGGGGUGGAAAGCAAGCAGGAGAGGGGGAAUCGGGGCUGGAUGGGGUGGAAAGCAAGCAGGAGAGGGGGAAUCGGGGCUGGAUGGGGUGGAAAGCAAGCAGGAGAGGGGGAAUCGGGGCUGGAUGGGGUGGAAAGCAAGCAGGAGGGGGGAAUCGGGGCUGGAUGGGGUGGAAAGCAAGCAGGAGAGGGGGGAAUCGGGGCUGGAUGGGGUGGACAGCAAGCAGGAGAGGGGGGAAUCGGGGCUGGAUGGGGUGGAAAGCAAGCAGGAGAGGGGGAAUCGGGGCUGGAUGGGGUGGAAAGCAAGCAGGAGAGGGGGAAUCGGGGCUGGAUGGGGUGGAAAGCAAGCAGGAGAGGGGGAAUCGGGGCUGGAUGGGAUGGAAAGCAAGCAGGAGAGGGAGAAUCGGGGCUGGAUGGGGUGGAAAGCAAGCAGGAGAGGGGGAAUCGGGGCUGGAUGGGGUGGAAAGCAAGCAGGAGAGGGGGAAUCGGGGCUGGAUGGGGUGGAAAGCAAGCAGGAGAGGGGGAAUCGGGGCUGGAUGGGGUGGAAAGCAAGCAGGAGGGGGGAAUCGGGGCUGGAUGGGGUGGAAAGCAAGCAGGAGAGGGGGGAAUCGGGGCUGGAUGGGGUGGACAGCAAGCAGGAGAGGGGGGAAUCGGGGCUGGAUGGGGUGGAAAGCAAGCAGGAGAGGGGGAAUCGGGGCUGGAUGGGAUGGAAAGCAAGCAGGAGAGGGAGAAUCGGGGCUGGAUGGGGUGGAAGGCAAGCAGGAGAGGGGGAAUCGGGGCUGGAUGGGGUGGAAAGCAAGCAGGAGAGGGGGAAUCGGGGCUGGAUGGGGUGGAAAGCAAGCAGGAGAGGGGGAAUCGGGGCUGGAUGGGGUGGAAAGCAAGCAGGAGAGGGGGAAUCGGGGCUGGAUGGGGUGGAAAGCAAGCAGGAGAGGGGGAAUCGGGGCUGGAUGGGGUGGAAAGCAAGCAGGAGAGGGGGAAUCGGGGCUGGAUGGGGUGGAAAGCAAGCAGGAGAGGGGGAAUCGGGGCUGGAUGGGAUGGAAAGCAAGCAGGAGAGGGAGAAUCGGGGCUGGAUGGGGUGGAAAGCAAGCAGGAGAGGGGGAAUCGGGGCUGGAUGGGGUGGAAAGCAAGCAGGAGAGGGGGAAUCGGGGCUGGAUGGGGUGGAAAGCAAGCAGGAGAGGGGGAAUCGGGGCUGGAUGGGGUGGAAAGCAAGCAGGAGGGGGGAAUCGGGGCUGGAUGGGGUGGAAAGCAAGCAGGAGAGGGGGGAAUCGGGGCUGGAUGGGGUGGACAGCAAGCAGGAGAGGGGGGAAUCGGGGCUGGAUGGGGUGGAAAGCAAGCAGGAGAGGGGGAAUCGGGGCUGGAUGGGAUGGAAAGCAAGCAGGAGAGGGAGAAUCGGGGCUGGAUGGGGUGGAAGGCAAGCAGGAGAGGGGGAAUCGGGGCUGGAUGGGGUGGAAAGCAAGCAGGAGAGGGGGAAUCGGGGCUGGAUGGGGUGGAAAGCAAGCAGGAGAGGGGGAAUCGGGGCUGGAUGGGGUGGAAAGCAAGCAGGAGAGGGGGAAUCGGGGCUGGAUGGGGUGGAAAGCAAGCAGGAGAGGGGGAAUCGGGGCUGGAUGGGGUGGAAAGCAAGCAGGAGAGGGGGAAUCGGGGCUGGAUGGGGUGGAAAGCAAGCAGGAGAGGGGGAAUCGGGGCUGGAUGGGAUGGAAAGCAAGCAGGAGAGGGAGAAUCGGGGCUGGAUGGGGUGGAAAGCAAGCAGGAGAGGGGGAAUCGGGGCUGGAUGGGGUGGAAAGCAAGCAGGAGAGGGGGAAUCGGGGCUGGAUGGGGUGGAAAGCAAGCAGGAGAGGGGGAAUCGGGGCUGGAUGGGGUGGAAAGCAAGCAGGAGAGGGGGGAAUCGGGGCUGGAUGGGGUGGAAAGCAAGCAGGAGAGGGGGGAAUCGGGGCUGGAUGGGGUGGAAAGCAAGCAGGAGAGGGGGAUCGAGGGCGUGGAUGGGGUGGAAAGCAAGCAGGAGAGGGGGAAUCGGGGCUGGAUGGGAUGGAAAGCAAGCAGGAGAGGGAGAAUCGGGGCUGGAUGGGGUGGAAGGCAAGCAGGAGAGGGGGAAUCGGGGCUGGAUGGGGUGGAAAGCAAGCAGGAGAGGGGGAAUCGGGGCUGGAUGGGGUGGAAAGCAAGCAGGAGAGGGGGAAUCGGGGCUGGAUGGGGUGGAAAGCAAGCAGGAGAGGGGGGAAUCGGGGCUGGAUGGGAUGGAAAGCAAGCAGGAGAGGGGGGAAUCGGGGCUGGAUGGGGUGGAAAGCAAGCAGGAGUGGGGGGAAUCGGGGCUGGAUGGGGUGGAAAGCAAGCAGGAGAGGGGGAAUCGGGGCUGGAUGGGAUGGAAAGCAAGCAGGAGAGGGAGAAUCGGGGCUGGAUGGGGUGGAAAGCAAGCAGGAGAGGGGGAAUCAGGGCUGGAUGGGGUGGAAAGCAAGCAGGAGAGGGGGAAUCGGGGCUGGAUGGGGUGGAAAGCAAGCAGGAGAGGGGGAAUUGGCGCUGGAUGGGGGACCAGAGCAGGGCAGACACAGCAGAGAACAUAGCAGGGAAACAGCGCUGGGGACAGAGCAGGGAAACAGAGCAGGGAAUAGAGAAGGGGAAAUGA